AAACUGACGCGAGUAACUACCCGUGUCGUUUGUUUUAAAAUAUUACGUUGUUUCAUGAAUGACUAGAAAUACUAUGCAAGUGUAAAAAGUUAAUAAUUACGCAAAUGUGCCACUCAAAUGAAAUUUUGAUUGUGAAUUUUCUAUAAAAUUAGCAUAUUAAACUGUUUACAAAUCUAACACGUGCUCAGUACCUCUCUUUCGCUUUUUCCGAACUGGUGACCUCCAAGGUCAAUGCACAUCGGAGGUUACGAGCAGGAAUUACUGACAGGAUGACAAUGAUUCAUGAAUUAACAUUUUUUGCUAAUUUUACGGGUUUAUUGCUUCAGAUUCACCCUGCUUCUAUUAAGUUAUAUAUAUUCAAUCACAUAUAUGUUGACUAUUUGUUCUUUUAUAUUUUUAUUUAUUUACCGUCAGUUCCUUACACUCACUUCGCCAUUUACAAAACACGGACAAGUCACGGAUGCACGGAAAUACAAAAAAUAGUACAAAUCACGGAUUCAUUUUGCACGGAUAAUAAAAUAGUCCGUGCAUUUUUUAAAUUAUAGAAUCAAUUUGUCCAUGAUUUGUAUGCAAUGUUUCCGUGAUUCCUUCAUUACAUUAUAAUAAACAUGUGAAAACUAUAUUUUUUCGUAAUACAAGUAUUUUAUCAUUAUUUCACAUAAAUUCUUCAAUUUACAGAAUUUCCCUAAACUUUGGUAUCUAGAAAGAAAAAUCUGUCCGUGAUUUGCAUGUAAUAUUUCUCUGAUUCCUUCAUAUCACGUACAAACAUGUGAAAUUUACAGACGGAAGACUAUAUUUCUUUCAUAAUACAAGUAUUUUAACGUUAUUUCAUAUACAUUCUUCAAUUUACAGAAUUUCCGUACUCUAUGGUAUCCGUGACUGGAAAAAAAAUCUGUCCGUGAUUUGAUAAAUAAUACAAAUCACGGACUCAUUUUGCACGGAUGAGUAGAGAUUGAUGUACAGCUUGUAUUGCUUUAAGAAUAGUCUCUUUUUAGCUGCAUGCAUGAUAUCUUGAUUCACACGGAAGACAGAGUAUGGAGUGCCAAAUUAAUGGUUAAAGAAGUAGGUACAGUUUAUAAAGUCAUCUGGCCCAAAAUAUCGAUGAUUUCACUUGGAGCUCAAACCCUGGUGUUCAAAUAAGGAAUAGAUAAGCAAACCCAAAACCCGCUCAAUUUCAUCAGCAAAAUGAUUUGUGUCAUAUGACGAGGCAUAAAAUUGCAAAAAUGCCAUUUUCAACGAAAAUAUCCACAAAUUCAGGUGGUUUUCCUUUCAGAAAACAUACAGCGCAUGCGUCGAGCAAAUUCAUAUUCAAGCAUGAUUUUCAUCUUAUAAUAAUACACAAUAUAUAUCAUUUUCAUUUUGCUCGACAAAUGCGCACAUCUUUUCCUGAGCAAUAAUCUGUAUGAAAUUUGACAGGCUUAUGUUGAAAAAAAAGGCGGGAAAUGUCUUAUUCAUGAUGUCAUAAUAUGCUAUUGAAUUAGGAAUAUCAUUCUGAUUUUGCUGACAUAGUAUACCUGGCAUAUAUUCUACUUUCUUAAAACGCUGAUUAAGGUUAAUUCCAGACACAUUUUAUUGAGGGAAAAUUUUUGGGCCUUUUUAUGUAUACAAUCGCACCCUGUUCUUUGAAGAUAUCAAUUCAAUUAUUGCGCAUAAUAAUGCAUCCGAAAAGGAGAACAUUAAAGAGGUCAUUAAUGCAAUUGUGAAUAUGUUGAAAUAAAUGGAAGAUAUCUCUGCUAUCUCUAAAAGAAAUAUGAUACCAUUCAUUCAUUCAUUUGAAAAGAGCAAUAAUUCAAUCAUUGCGCGCAUUGACUGCAUUAUUGCUACCUGCAACUGAAUAUAUAAAGUGCUUUUUUAAGUGAUCUAAUCAGCUUUUGUAAAUGAUAGAACUCACUAUAUAAAUAAAACCCACCACCAAAAUCCGCUUUGUUCGUCGUCUUAUAAAAGGUGUACAUUAAAAAAAGUAUUCUAGUAUGAAUACAGCUAGUAUACAAGAAAAAUUUCACAAAUUAUUAAAUACUUGGUUUUAUAAAAACAAGAUUUCUAACACAGAUAUUUAGAUUAUCACUUUCCCCUUUCUUUUAACCCAGUUUCAGCCUACGAUGCAUUGUAGUUGUACAGUAAAGUUUAUGGAAUCUUUAUGUUCAGGGAUUUGAAAUAAAUAAGGGCCGAAAAAGGUGUAACCUAUUAAAGCUAGAUAACACUGUUAGACGAAUCAUUCGAGAUUCGAAUUGUCUAUUACAGUGAAAUAGGAAGACUUCCGGUAGAGCAGAGUUCAAGCUGUCUUUGCUGAAUUUGUGUUUGUUGGAAGGAAAACAAAGCUGGCUGUCGUCGUGUCAGUGUGUCCCAACUAGCUCAUUUCACAACAGGUUAUUGGAGACAGUAAGAAACAUGUGACACUGAAUGACUGUGAAUAAGAUGACAUGGAACUCCCUGCAAACAAUCCAAACUUAAAGUGAUGCAGUCUCAUAUUACAUAGGAAUGGCGACCAAGGGUGACAUAUCUUUGGUCAGCUUUUGUGUUUUCAAUCCAACCUACGGACCAAGGGAAGGAGAGGAGCACAAAAAGAUAGUGUUCUUUCAUCCUAAAGACACAGAUCUAGAUAACCAGAUAAAACACAUCGGUCUUAGUGAGGCCAUCGUGAGGUUCACAGAAACCUUCUCUGAUAAGCCAUGUCAAAGCGUCCAUACUACAAAACGAAGGCAGCUUCUCCUGGAGCCAGAAAAAGAUUUCUGGAUGGUCAUGACUGUCAGUGUACCAUACACAGAGAAAACUAAAGAUGGUCAACCUGUGUUUGAGUAUCAUGAAGAGGAUGUGCAGGACCCAGUGUAUGAAGCAAUCCUGCAACAAGCCUACAGGAUGUUCCAGCUUUUUAAUGGAACCUUUGCCUACAUACUAGACAGAACAGGAAAUAAUGUGAAAGUUUUACAGCAAAGACUGGAACAUUUUUAUGUUAGAUAUUUACAGACGCUGAGACUUGCACAGAGUGACAUUCUGGACAUUUUCUCAGGAAUCCACUUCAUGCCACUAGACAAGAAUACAUACCUCCACGUGCAGUGUUUUAUUAACCUUCUGGAGGCCUCCUUUCCGUACAUCAAAUACACAGCAUUCCUCUACAACGAACAGCUGGUGUGGAGUGGCUUGGAACAGGAGGAUAUGAGGAUUAUCUAUAAAUACCUGAUCUCCAGUCUCUUUCCGUCCUAUCAGGAGCAAGAACUCCAGUCCACCAACUCGACGUCACCCUCCCGGAAUUCUGCAGGGCAGGGAGAUGUGCAUUAUGGGAAGUUUGUAACGGGUCCACCGGAUAUGCUUGAUGAGAAAAAUAUGGGCAAAAUUCCACGGGUGUUUCUUAAUACAGAGUAUCCAAAUGAGGAAUGUCAUCUUCUGGUGUACAGGGCCCAUAAUGCCAGUGUGUGCAUGUUUCUUGAAGCUUCCACCAGGAUGACUUUUGACCUUUGUCGUAAACUAGACAGUUUUCUUGGUCCACAGCUUUCCCAGCUGGCAUCAGGCAUUGGAGAUCAAUUCUCCAAGAGAGCCAGCACAGGGACUGAUUCAGUAUAUCGCUUUAUAUACUUCAACCAUAUGAACUUGGCUCAGAAGACCACAGUUCAUGCUGACCUGAGGAAGUCGGGCAGUGUCAGCAUUCCUCCAGAGACUCUGAGACUACUGACCGACAUCAGCUCUGACAUGUCCAGGAGUCCGGAGGACGGUGAAGUCAUAGUCAAGACGUCCACUGAUAACUGGGUCGUAGGCAAAAAAUCGGACCAGAGGGAGUUUUUUGUGGUCAUCAAUCAAAAAAAUGCCAACCUAAUAGAAAUCAAUGAGGAAGUUAAAAGACUAUGUGCAUCCAAUUUUAACAGUAUAUUUUUCUUGGAUUGAUAGUGUGUGGACCUAGAAUUGUUUUAAUUCCUUGCGUGCAAUACAAACUUGAACACUGUAUGAAUUCUGAUGUUGAUUAUACAAUAUAUGUAUUUAUUUCAUUUUCCCAAAAAUUAAAAUCAUGUAGCCUAUA